AUGCCUUCGCGCGCCAUGUUUGCCGUCGAAUACCCAGCUUACGUCAAAGACACCGAAAAGGCGAUCUCGAUGGUGGGCGGCCGCGAGAAGCUUGCAAUGGACGUUACCGAUGAUUCCAAAACGGUCGAGCUACGCUUGCGUCCGCAUGACCCAGCCUCACAUCCACUCAUGGGCGAUGUGGUGACCACCCGCAACAUCCUGUUCAAGGUCACCAAGCGCACCAAGAAAUCGCAGCUAGGCAAGGCCAAAUCAGAGCCGACCGUGACGGCCGAUGCAGUCGCUGUUAUUGACAAGACUGUGCGGUUCCGCCGUCUGGCAAACUUUCAGUUUCUUCCAGCCAAGGACGACCCGCUACUCAACUUCAUGCAGAACAUCGCAUCGGUUGACUUGGAGGCAAUCAAGCAGGUGUCCAGCGACGAGCAUAUGAUGGCGGGGUCUGAGCUUGCCAGAUGGCCAGUGCCAGCACCGCCGAUCGAUGUUGUUGGCUGGCCCAUGCCUUUCGGCUACAAAGAGGAGUCGACAAGGCCUCCCAGGAGCGCGGGCUAUGAGAACUACCUCUACUAUGGCCUUGCAAUCCAGUUCUCAGACAAGGCGGUGCCGGCAGGACCGACAGCAAAGAUCAUGGAGAAAAUGAAGUCGGUGCCCCAGAAGCUGCAGGACUUUGCUCGCAGCGUGAUGGACAAGUACCCGGUGAUCAGCCGCAACGCCGUCGAUGUCAUGAUGAGAGCUGAGCAGAACACCUCUAUGCGUGCCAACAUGGUCAUGCCGCUGCGCGCUUACGUGAUGCGCACCGGCCCCUGGCGCUCGUGCUGGAUCCGCUACGGCUACGACCCGCGCACAGACCCUGAGUCCUACAAGUACCAGGUCCUGGAUAUGCGAACCAUGGAUCCCAAGAAUUCGCAGGCAAACACCCGCAAAGCAAAGCAGGACGAGGAUGUGGAGAAAAGGUCUGAUACACCACGCAACGCGGUCAAAGCCAAAAGCUUCCUGUUCGACGAGGAGGCGGCACGCCAUGGCUGCUCCGGUAUCUACCAGGUCAUGCAUGUGACGGUGCCGCAGAUCCAGCACCUGAUCGAGUACCCGAACGGCAGGCGCAGGACGAUAUGCCAGGAGUCUGGCUGGUUCCAUUACCCGCUCGUGCGCGCAAUUCGCCUUGUGACAAACAACCUGAGGAAAAUGCUGCUUGAAGACAAAGAGAGCCCGGUUGAUAUGAUCAAGCUCAAGAAGGCGCUGCUGGCGGCCAUCAAAAAGGAGGAUGAGGAGAUUACGCAGAAGGAGCUGCUGACCGAAAAGAUGGAGAGCAUCCGCACUGGCGUGGAAUCAGAGAAGCUCAAAACCAUGCGCAACACGCGUGUCGAGGAGCUGAUGGGCGACCUGGCCAUGGCGCAAAACGAGGAGGAGCAGGGUGGGGAUGCCGGGUCCGAUGCCGACGAGGUCAACUUCUACAAUGACGACACAUUCGACGACUUUGAGAUCUACGGCGAGGAAAGCGACUAG